AUGAUGUUAUAUUUUGUUUUUAUUAACUUUAUCUUUAUUCUUAUUAUAUCUGAUUCAUGGUGUAGAAAUAUAGAAAAAACUAUUGUACCAAUAGGAGAAUCAUUUUCGUUUAAUUGUCACCAAGAUGAAUCAGUUUAUUUUGCUCGACAAUUACAUGACUGGUCAGAAAUACAAAAUAAUGAUAAUAGAUAUUCAUAUUUAAAUUUAAAUAUUAUUAAUAUAAAUGAAGAAAAUGUUUUACGUAUUACAAUAAAUUCAGCUAAUUCACAAAAUACUGGAUAUUAUGGUUGUAGUAGUUCAAAAUCGAGAAGACAGUCAAUGAGUCGUACUUAUCAAUUGAUUGUAGCUGAUGUUGACUUAUUUUAUUGGAGUUAUAUAUGUCAUGGUCAACCUGGUGCAUGUAUGACUUUUAAUGAUCCAUCAGAUGAAACUCGAAGUACAUUUGAAGUUGCCGAUCAAACUUAUGUUGAUUUAUUUUGUUGUACAUCUGUUACGGGCUAUGAACAUGUAAAUAUUAAAAUGACACCAGUAGGAGAAAUUCGAGACCGAAUUACUAUAAAACGAAAUCAAGAACUUGAUGGAUCAUGGGUUGUCUGUGCAAAUCAACAUACCGUUUUCAAACGAACAUCUUCGAGAUAUCCAGAAAGGUUAACAUGUGAAUUAGUAAUCGAUAAUCGAGUACAUUCAUCUUUAAUAAGUGUUAUUGACAUUAAAGAUGCAAUGCCAAUUAAUCCUGAUAUUGAUCCAUCUAAUCGUUUUACACCACCUUCAAAAGAUGAUGAUGAUGAAUAUUUUAAUGGUCGAACGUCAUCGAAUUCUGGAAGACGCGGAAAAUUGACAACCGGAAAACAAAUUGCUAUUAUUAUUGGUUCUAUUAUUGGCGGUCUUUUCUUUUUUGGAUUAUUAUUCUUUUUAAUUUUUUUCCUUUGCUGCAAAAAUAGAGUUUUAAAAAAUUCUAGUUCUCAAACAAAGAAAUCCAAUAAAGAUCCAAUAGUUAGUACACAUGUAAAAUCAAAUAAAAAAGAAAAACAAAAUCCACAAGAAGAAGAACCUCUUUACCUAGAACCAGUACCAUUAUCUGAAAAUUCACCUGUGUUUCUACGACUCUAA